AUGUCGUAUCAAGCGAAUCAAUACAAGAAGGGUUGGGACACCGGUGUAAUCAAAAAGGGUGGUCUGGCAUCACGACUGGCAGCCUUUGAACAGAUUUCCAAACCCAAGGGUGAUACUAGCGAGGUCAGGGGCGGUAUCACCAACCCCGCCAUCCUAGAGAGAAUUCGUGCGGCCAAGGCAGCAGCAGCAGCGGGCAAUGUCACAACUCCGAAAACCCCACUCAAGAAUUGGGACAAUAAAGUAAAGGGAAUGCCGCCCAGUAUCCCGGCAGAAAAUGAUGAAAAGGAAAAUAAACCAGAGGCCGAAAAGCCUGCGGAGGAACCAGCCGCAACCGAGCAAACGCCCGCUGAAGAAGAGACCGAAGCCAAACCUGAAGAGACCACAGUAGGCCGCCUACCCGUUGAAGAAAAGCCAAAGGAAGAAACCGAAGAAGAAGCCAAGCUACGGGCUGAAAAGGAGGCCAAGGAAAAGGAAGAAGCGGAACAAAAGGCAAAAGCAAAGGCGGAAGAAGAUGCCAAGGCCAAGGCAGAAUCCGAGGCAAAAGCAAAAGAGGAGGCUGAAGCAAAAGCCAAAGCAGAUGCAGAAGCAAAGGUCAAGGCAGAAGAAGAUGCCAAAAAAUCUAAGGCGGCCACCAAGAUCCAAGCGAUUGUGAGGUCCAUGUUGGCCCGAGCUACAGUGAUGAAAAUGAUCGAGCAAAUGAUUGAAGAUUUGGCCAAUAAAAAGGUACAGAACGAAAAGAAAUUCGAAGAGGACAAGAAGAAAUGGGAAGAAGAACAAGCAAGACGGCAAGUCAAGGUGGAAGAAGAGCGUAGAGCAUCGCGGCAAUCAUUGGUUGUUGCCAAGACCGAUAUCAAUGUAGAAGGAUGGGGAUGGGGUUUCGUGGGCCCAUUGCAACUUCCUGUUGCCCGUGUACCGCACUGGUGGAUGGAUGAAUCGCCUCACAAGACUUUGUUCAGUGAAGACUUUGAAGAAAAGGAAGAAGAGCACUGGAAGCAUCGUCAAUCGCAUUUGGAACAAUUGAAAAAAGAAGGAGGAGGCGGCAAAGCUCCACCAAAAGCAACUGCUCCUGCACCUGUAUCAGCACCUGCUCCAGCGCCUGCGCCAGCACCACCGAAAACGAGUGUACCUGAAAUUCCCGACGACGUUGCCGAUAGUGGAACGGUGGAAAUAUCGGACUCGGAACCUGAGGUGUAUAUCUCUGAUGAUUCCGUUUCAAUUGAUGAGCAACUGCAAGCGGUAUCAUAG